AUGAUAGGCAGCUUCGAUGAAGAUGAAGAGGAAAACGACUCAGAUAUGCAACAUGAGUACAUCUCACGAAGGAAUCUGGAAAAGUCCCGAAUGGAGCGGUUAAGACGCGAAAAAGAGGAGCGCGAUAGACCCAAAGAGAUUGAGGAAGAACGAAGUCGCAAGACGAUCGCUAAACCGAAAAAAGAAAAAUCUCGUGAACGCCGGUGUGGCACGGGAGGAGGAAAUGGUCGCGGUGUCAAUACCGGUAGAUCAAACACUCAUACGAACAAUGCGCCGGCCACGACUUCCGCACAUUCCGUAGUCACACGGUCGAUGACACUGAGAUCGCGGAACUCUUGA